GAAUGUUCCAUGCAGGAGUAGGGCUGUCCACCGCAGCCCCUUAAUUUCGGAUUAAUAAAGGCAAGACACUAGACGACGUGAGCAAAUAAGUGACAGUCACAGGGAGAAAAUGAUACUGCGUCCUCGGGGGCCAUUGACCUAACAGGGUUGAGCUGAUUAACAUGUAAACAAAGCCGUUAGUCAAGGCAUCUGCUCUUAAUUGCGGCGCGCUCCGGAGGAGUCUGCUUGCAGUGGCUGCGCGCGUAAAGAAUGGGCGUGAACUGUCCCUGGAAAGGGAGCCCUGAGACUUCUGCGUUUUUCUGACAGCGAUCUGUGCACUCAGUUCAGUCCGACGGAGACAGAGAACACAGCAGCGGAAUGGAGAGCACAGGAUUCGCACCAACAACAGUUUGAAACCCUCCCAAAAUCAGCAAAGACGCACAGGAGGGAGGGGAGACUCUCAGCCGGAGAGAGUCUAAGUGCGUCUGUGUCAGAGGGUGUUUGGGAGAGUGAGGACGCAUCACAGAUAGAGGAAGAAAGGAGGAAGACAGAAGGGGGACUAAAUCUGGACCAGGUGAUCCACAAACCUCCUCGGGUCGGCGGGGGUCUAUCGUUGUGUACACGGGCUCAGUGAUCCAGCCAUGGUGCCACCAGCGCGCUGCCCGGGACCCUGUGCCAUCCUGGCACUGACCCUCCUCUUGGGAUGCGGCGUGGUUCUUUGCCUCGGCCAGAACGACACGGAACCCAUCGUGCUGGAGGGGAAGUGCCUCGUGGUCUGCGACUCGAACCCUUCGUCGGACGGAGGGGUGACCUCCUCUCUUGGCAUAUCAGUGCGCUCCGCUGGGGCAAAGGUGGCGUUUUCCGCCGUGCGUGGGACCAAUCAUGAGCCGUCAGAGAUGAGCAACACGUCCAUGACCAUAUAUUUCGACCAGGUUUUAGUGAACAUCGGCAACCAUUUCGAUCUCAAAGCAAGUGUUUUCCAGGCGCCAAGGAGGGGGAUUUAUAGUUUCAGCUUUCAUGUGGUGAAGGUCUACAACAGACAAACCAUACAGGUGAACUUGAUGCAAAACGAUUAUCCGGUUAUAUCAGCUUUCGCCGGGGACCAGGACGUCACAAGGGAAGCGGCCAGUAACGGAGUACUGCUGAUGGUUGAACGGGAGGACCGGGUCUAUUUGAAGCUGGAACGGGGCACCCUUAUGGGCGGAUGGAAAUACUCCACCUUCUCAGGCUUUUUAGUCUUUCCACUAUAAUCUAAUCUGCGAUUCUUCAUGGGACCCUGCUUAGGUCGAGGAUGAAAAAAAGAAGUGAAAGAGAAAAAAAAA